AUGGUCUACUCUGUUGAUUUAUCUGUAUUAUUCUUAAUUUCUUUUUACAUUUUAUUUAUUAACCAAAUUAAUUUAUCAACAGCAUUUUCUGACAAAAGUAUUUGUGGAUUGGCAAAAGAUAGAGGAAAUAGUGAAUGUGGAGCUAUUUCUGAGAAAAGAUUUUAUUUCGAUUUAAUUACAAAAAGAUGUCAACCUUUCCUUUAUCAAGGAUGCGGAGGAAACGGAAAUAAAUUUAAUUCUUUAACUGAUUGUCGAGCCCUUUGUUCUGAUUAUGAGCCAACAGUUGAAAGUUCUCACGAGGGAGGAGGGCACGGAAUGGCCUUACCUGUCCCUAAAUGUGAGGGGAAUGUUAGAGCAGCAGUUGAUUCUGAAGCGAGAGUAAUUAAAUGCCCUUCGGAUCAGUGUCCAGAUAAUUAUGAAUGUAGUGAAAGUAAAUGCUGUCCGGCAAAUAAAAAAAUUGUUUGUAAUGUGGAGUAUGAUACUGGACGUUACGCUUUCCAAGGAUCACAUACUCCAAGAUUUUUUUAUAAAAAAGAAGUAAAUAAUUGUUUAUUAUUUACUUAUUAUGGAGCUUUGGGAAAUGCUAAUAAUUUCGAAACAUAUAAUGAUUGUAUUAAAUAUUGCAAAGAAUAA